AUGGGCCUGGAUGAGUCCUCGAUGUUGGAAUGGGAACCGGAAUUUGGGCCAUUGACUUUGGGGACCAGUACCCGAAGUCCAAGGUCAAUCCAACCUGGCUUAGUACUAUCGAACAUCGAAUUUAUCCUUGACGAUUGCACUUUGAAUUGGACUUGGCCGGUGAGAAAAUAG